AUGGGCAGUAAUGCUGACAUGGAAUCCGCUAUCAAGAAGGCGACCAAAUUUGUCUCCAAAUUGACUCUUGCCGAGAAAGCUGGUAUGGUUACUGGAGCUGUCACUAGUGGAGGUUGUACCGGUAACAUAGCUCCAAUCGAACGCAUUGGAUUUCCCGGUCUAUGUGUUUCGGACGGUCCUGCUGCUGUUAACCCUGCGGAUCUCGUCAGCAUUUUCCCCGCUGGGGUGACUACCGCUGCGAGUUGGGAUCGAGAUCUUAUAUAUAAACGUGCAUUUGCUCUCGGUUCUGAAUUCAGAGGAAAAGGCACGAAUAUUGCUCUUGCGCCAGUUGGUGCUGCACUUGGCCGACAUCCUCUCGGCGGUACGAACUGGGAGGGGUUUGGCCCCGAUCCCUAUCUCAGUGGCACAUCAAUGGCUCUGACCAUCAAAGGAAUGCAGAGCGCCGGAGUCCAAACUAGUUCCAAACAUUUCAUCGGCAGCGAGCAAGAAACACACAGAUAUGACAUAUCGUCUAACAUCGAUGAUCGGACACUUCAUGAGCUUUACCUGUGGCCAUUCGCUGAAGCCGUAAAAGCUGGAACUGCAUCAAUCUUGUGCAGCUAUAACCGCAUCAACCAAACCCACAGCUGUGAAAACUCAGAACUCCUGAAUCAUAUCUUGAAAGAAGAAUUGGGUUUCCAGGGGUAUGUAAUGUCUGACUUCUUUGCUACGAAUUCAGGGGUAAAGUCCAUUCACGCCGGUCUUGAUCUGAAUGUUCCAGGCGUUAUUAACGCUGGCGCAACAAAGUCAUAUUUUGGAGACCACGUUAUAAAAGCUGUAAACAACGGCAGUGUAUCACUAGCCCGUGUAGACGAUAUGGUGCGCCGAAUCAUGACUCCAUACUUUCUUCUAGGCCAAGACCAAGGAUAUCCAACAACCGAUUUAUCAGUGGGCUGCUUACAAUCCUGCGGCACACGUUUUGAGCCGGGCUGUAUUAACAACCAGACUUGCAACAUUCCUGCUCGUGAUGUCCGCAGUGACCACGCAUCCCUGAUACGUAAACUGGGCGCAGCUGGCACUGUUAUGCUCAAAAAUACCAACUCCGCGCUUCCUCUUCGAGCACCAAAAACCAUUGGUGUGUUUGGGAAUGAUGCUGCUGAUCUAACCGAUGGUCUGGCAUUCGUGCAACCCCUUCCCGAGGAAGGGUUCGAUAUUGGAACCCUGGAUAUUGGCGGAGGACCUGGCUCAGGUCGACACACAUAUGUCGUAUCUCCUCUAGAAGCCAUCAAAGUUCGAGCCCGGAAAAUUGCUGCGAAAGUCCAGUAUGUCACCAACAAUGCUGUGCUUUCCUCCAACGACUUCCAUGGCAUCUACCCCGUACCGGAAGUUUGUCUUGUAUUUCUGAAAACUUACGGCGCAGAAGAACAAGACCGCACGUCUUUUGAACUGUCCUGGAAUUCCACAAUGGUUGUCAAUAAUGUGGCUUCGCAUUGCCCAAACACCGUCGUGGUUACACAUUCCGGAGGCGUGAACACCAUGCCUUGGGCGACGAAUCCAAAUGUCACAGCCAUCCUAGCCGCGCACUAUCCGGGACAAGAAACGGGCAACUCGAUCGUGGAUAUCCUGUGGGGCGAUGUCAACCCCUCAGCAAAACUGCCUUACACUAUCCCUGCCAAAGAAUCUGAUUAUCACAUACCAAUCGUCAACUCGACUUCUCCAAGUGGUGACUGGCAGUCCGACUUUACCGAAGGGUUAUUUAUUGAUUAUCGACAUUUUGAUGCAAAUGAUAUUACACCUUUAUUUGAAUUUGGGUACGGAUUGAGUUAUACAACUUUUGAUAUUACUUCCCCGUUAUCCAUUACUACACUUUCAAAAAGUAUAACAGCAUUGCCGGAUCCCUCACGAAUCGUUGAACCAGGAGGGAAUCCUGAUCUCUGGACAUAUCUCCUCAGUGCCGAAACAGCAGUCUCCAACACAGGCCCUGUGGUCGGCUCCGCCGUUGUUCAACUUUACAUUUCUUUUCCACGGAAUACAGUCCCAAAAGAUACGCCAGUUAAGGUGCUUCGCGGCUUCGAUAAAGUGAGCUUAGAGGUUGGGGAAAAGAAAAGUAUAAGUUUUGAUUUAAUGAGACGAGAUGUUAGUUUUUGGGACACAGUAGCACAGGACUGGCGGCUUCCUGAUGGCGAAUUUGAAUUAACUAUUGGCUUUAGUUCGAAGGAUCUGCAGAUUAGUAAAACAGUAACUUUUCUUUGA